CAAUUCGAACCGGCACGUCCCUGCAGCAGAAACGCCCUUUUCGAACGAAUCGAGGCCAGUCCGUCUGGAUGUCGCGUCGUGUGCUACCAGAAAACAUCCAUCUCUGCGACCGGACGACUGACUGACUUUCUGCGGCUAUCCGAUCUUGAAGUCUUUCGCAGAGACUCUCAACCUGUUAACCGACAACCGUCAACCGAACCCUGGACCCUUCCCACGUCCCCACCAAACAACCCAGCUGCUGGCAGACAACCUCACACCCACUCGAUUUCCGCCUGGCAAAUGCCUUCAUGACAUCCUGAUUGUUGACGAUACACGAUUGCAAACGACCACUACAUACAACCCUUUCUGUUUACUUUAGGUCUUUGACCGCACAACGGCCUACCACCGAAGCCCACUCCCGCAGAGACACGAAGACCCUUGUCGAAGCCUAGCCUUCACCCCGCCUCCGCGAUUCUACGAUAGCAUCACCACCCACCGCUGGGACGGUUAGGUGGCAGCGACGGACAGCGGAUAGCCUUCAACAACCUUACAUGUCCACAAUACGACCUACCCUUUACAUACAACAACAAUGACAGACUCUUUGCACAACGCGCCCAUUGUGCUCGACAAUGGCUCGGGCACCAUUCGCGCCGGCUUCGCGGGAGACGACGUACCAAAAUGCCACUUCCCCUCCUUCGUAGGGAGGCCAAAGCACCUACGAGUGCUGGCCGGCGCAUUAGAAGGCGAGGUGUUUAUCGGCCAAAAGGCGGCCUCAGAGUUGCGCGGACUGCUCAAGAUCCGAUAUCCGCUGGAGCACGGCAUCGUGACGGAUUGGGACGAUAUGGAGAAGAUUUGGGCAUAUGUAUACGAUGAGGGGUUGAAGACGCUCAGUGAAGAGCAUCCAGUCCUCCUAACCGAACCACCCCUCAACCCGCGCGCAAACCGCGACACAGCCGCCCAGAUCCUCUUCGAGACCUUCAACGUACCUGCUCUCUACACCUCCAUCCAAGCCGUCCUGUCGCUCUACGCCUCGGGGCGAACGACAGGCGUGGUUCUCGACUCGGGCGACGGUGUUUCGCAUGCCGUGCCCGUCUACCAGGGCUUCACCGUGCCCAACAGCAUCCGGCGCAUCGACGUCGCAGGGCGAGACGUGACCGAGUACCUGCAGACGCUGCUGCGCAAGAGCGGCUAUGUGUUCCAUACGAGCGCUGAGAAGGAGGUGGUCCGGCUGAUCAAAGAGAGCGUCACGUACGUGGCGCACGAUCCGCGCAAAGAGGAGAAGGAGUGGGCGGCGGCCAAGAUGGAUCCGGCCAAGAUUGCCGAGUAUGUCUUGCCGGAUGGAAACAAGUUGAAGAUAGGAGCAGAGCGUUUCCGCGCCCCGGAAAUCCUCUUCGACCCCGAGAUUAUCGGUCUCGAGUAUCCCGGCGUGCACCAGAUAGUGGUUGACUCGAUCAACCGGACAGACUUGGACCUGCGCAGGGACUUGUACUCCAACAUUGUGUUAUCCGGAGGCAGCACGCUCACAAAGGGUUUCGGCGAUCGCUUGCUCACGGAAGUGCAGAAGCUCGCGGUUAAGGACAUGCGGAUAAAGAUUUUUGCGCCGCCGGAGAGGAAGUACUCGACCUGGAUCGGUGGUAGUAUUUUGGCGGGUUUGAGCACAUUUAGAAAGAUGUGGGUUAGCAUUGACGACUGGCACGAGAAUCCGGAUAUCAUCCAUACGAAGUUUACAUGAUGAUGAUGAUAACGACAAGACUUGGGGGAGCGAGCGAGCCGGAGAGCAAGGACACCGGUUGUCUAAUAAACAAAAAUCCAAUUUUCACCGUACAUCAUCCUCUAUCCAGACUUACCAGCCACAUACCACCUUCUUCUGUGCUACCUGUCUGGGCUAGAAUCUAGCGCCUCAGAAUCUUGGCUUUUGGCAAGUGGAAAAAGGGUGGUUUUAGCCUUGACAAGUAUACCUUUACGGAAAUCAUAUGUUGCGAUCGAUUCUGGGGGGACGAAGUAUUAUAUGCCAUUUCAGUCUGAGGCUGGGGCGAAAAAGGGGGGAGGCUCCUAGUACAUAAAGAGGCUGGAAGUAAACAAGGGGUGAGUAGAGAGACAUCAAUUGUGAGCAGUCAGUGAGCACCUUGACGGUCACCUUGGUAACCACAAAACUAUACUCCAAGAGUACAAACACAUGAUCACAUAUAAGCAGCGAGCACAACAGCUGCUAGGCAGCUGGUAGAUAACGAGAGUCAAGCGUCCUAAAUACCUCCCUUCGGUACUCUGUGG